AAUUCAGGGCCACAAUGUACGCUUUUCGCAUUUUGUUCUUUGUUUUAGGGACUGCCACCGUAAAAUUCACGACUGCUAUCAACUGCAAUGGUCUGUCUGAACUUUGUGAUCUCCGCAUUGACCAAGUCACCUAUCCUGGUAGUCAUAACGCUGGAUCUGGAUUUGAUGGGAUUCUUAAAUACUGGAGUGGCGUCAAUGCCGCAUCGUGCUUUUACCGCAAUCAAGACAAAAGCUUUUCAGGACAAUUGGAAUUUGGCAUUAGGUAUGUUAGCGCUGUACUACUUUUAACUUGACUUUAUUAUUUCUUCUAAAACCCAACUAAAACCUUUCUAAAACCACUACAAUAGAUCUUAUGCAUAAUAACGUCACAAGGCUUGAUGCUCGCGAGGAAUGCUGGUCUUAGUAAUCAUCGCCCGGGGAAAUUAAACAAUUCAAAAUGGCCACUAUUAUUUUCCCAGGUGAUGACUACUAAGACCAGCAUUCCUCGCGAGUUUCAAGCCUUGUGACGUCAUUCUGCGUAAGGUCUAUUCAACCUUUCCUUCUUAACAAUAUAUAACAAUAAAUGCUGCACAGCCAAGUAUAAUAAACAAUCACAAUAUACUAUUCCUAACAGGUAUUUUGACGUGGACACUUGCUAUGGAGACAAUCAAGCAUUGAAUUGUCACUGCAGUGGGGACGCCAGUUGUGCUUACACUAGUUCUAUCGAAAAAGGUCUUCUGCAAGUUGACAAGUGGAUGGAGUCUCAUCCCAAUGAGGUUACCAUUAUCCAUUUCAACAACAAUGCACAGGAUGAAUAUCGAGAAGAAAUUGCAAAAAGUCUCAAGGACGUGCUUUUAAAACUGUGGAAACCAAACAGCUCCAGUAAACUUGCAAUGAAUACCUAUUACAAAAGUCACGAGUGGAAAUGGCCAACGCUUGGGGAUGCAAUACGACUGAAUCAAAGGGUAUUCAUUUUCAUGGACAACAAUUUAGGUCAACAUUUAUCUUGGCACUCUAACUGGUUUGUCACAAGUAAUGGAGUUAUUGCAUCCAGCUGGGAUAGCAAUGCAGUAAGCUCAAGUUGCUCAAGUAUUACUACAAAUGCAAAGAAGAAAUGUUACCCAUACGCUGAUUUCACUGAUUUGUCGGCAUUCGGGAGCUAUGGAUUGUGUACUUGGAACAUGGCAACGCUCUGUUCCCGGUGGUUAGGAGAAGCUGAAGAAGAAUGCUAUAGGCUAAGGGAACCAAUGGGGAAAACAGUAAACUUCUUGCUUGUGGACUGGAUCGAUUACUACCAUGGCGAGGAAUCUGUGAUCAACAAGGCAAAAUUCAUGAAUCAGAAAAACAUCAAGAAGUACUUGGGUAAAAGCAUUUUCUUUCCAGAACUCACAGGGUGCUCGUACGAUUCUAACCGGUCAGGAAAGUACUGUUUCAAGUAUUGUUCCGAGUAUGGCUGGUGUUGGGUAAACCAAUUUUGCGGGGAUAAUGCUGAUAUCUGCAAACAAAAAGAUUAUCCAUGUUACUCAAGCUGUGAAUAUCACUGACUUAAUUCCUCUCACUGCAUGUACAUUACUAUAUGAAUUAUUAUGAAAACAUAUCCAUUUAAAAAGCUAAAAAAACUCAUCAGUAAGCAUACGUUACUGCCAUCUUUCAGGGUUCUGUACACGCUGUCUUAGGCCU